AUUUGUUCCGUUUUUCGCUGUGCAGCUCUUCCAUCCGGCAGCUUUUGGUGGGAUUGUUAACUUGUUUUGCAUAAUGGUUUAAUGGUCUCCAGGUGUGCAAUGAUGGCAGACACAGCCCUUCAGAUGGACAGAGUUGGAGAUAAUGGGAACACUGUGUCCAGGACAACGAUGUCCAACACCUUCUCCUCAUCGUCCCGGAAAGGAGCCACCGUGAGCUUCCACAAAAUCCAGUACAGCGUGAAGAUGAAGAGUGGAUUCCUCUGCAAGAGGAAAGUCAGGCGUAAAGAUAUUCUCAUCGACCUCAAUGGUCUCAUGAAACCAGGGCUGAACGCCAUAUUAGGAGCAACCGGGAGUGGAAAAUCAUCUUUCCUGGACGUUCUGGCAGCCCGUAAGGAUCCCGCAGGUCUUUCCGGCGAAGUUCUGAUAGACGGAGCGCCACAACCUCCAAACUUCAAAUGUCUGUCUGGUUAUGUAGUGCAGGAUGAUGUUGUCAUGGGGACGCUGACCGUUCGAGAGAAUCUGCGUUUCUCUGCUGCGCUGCGGCUCCCGAAGUCAAUCAGUCCACGAGAACAAGAUGAGAAAGUGGAGAAACUCAUUCAAGAACUCGGCCUGAGCAAAGUAGCAGAUUCACGGGUGGGCACGCAGUUGAUUCGUGGGAUUUCGGGUGGAGAGAGGAAAAGGACGAACAUCGGUAUGGAGCUGAUCAUUGAUCCGCCUGUGCUGUUCCUCGAUGAACCGACCACAGGACUGGACGCCAGCACGGCCAACUCUGUGCUCAUGCUGCUGAAACGGAUGGCAAACAACGGCCGCACCAUCAUUCUGUCCAUCCACCAGCCGCGGUACUCCAUCUACCGCCUGUUCGACAGUCUCACGCUGCUGGUGUCGGGCAAACAGGUGUAUCACGGACCCGCUCAGAACGCCCUCGACUACUUCAGUGAGAUCGGAUACACCUGUGAAGCGCAUAAUAAUCCUGCUGAUUUCUUCCUGGAUGUCAUAAACGGAGACUCUACGGCUGUCGCGCUCAACAAAUUAAACAACAGCGACGAACUGGAGCCAGAGCAGUUGAGUUCAUCUCUAAAGGGAAUCGAGGAUCGUUUACUGGAGGAAUACAAGAAAAGCCCCGACUACAAACAGACUCAGAGCGAGCUGGAGAGAAUUGUUCAGGGUCAAGAUUACAGCAUACGGACCAAAUCCAGAACCAUCACGUACAACACGUCCUUCUGCCAUCAGUUCAAAUGGGUUCUGAAGAGAACCUUCCGGAACUUGAUGCUCAAUCCACAGACCUCAUUUGCUCAGAUCGGGGUGAUGAUUUUUCUGGCUCUGAUUGUUGGAGCGAUAUUUUUUGGAGUGCAACAGAAUUCAAGCGGCUCUCAGAACAGGAUGGGCGCUCUGUUCUUCAUCACCACUAAUCAGUGCUUCAGUUCCGUUUCCUCGGCCGAACUUUUCAUCGCUGAGAGGAAACUAUUUGUGCAUGAAUACAUCAGUGGGUAUUACAGAGUGUCUGUUUACUUCCUGUCUAAAAUCCUGUCGGACAUUGUGACUCUGCGUACAAUCCCCGGCAUCAUCUUCAGCUGUGUGGCGUACUGGAUGAUAGGCCUGAAAUCGACGGUGGAAGCAUUCUUCAUCUUUCUGUUCUCCGUUAUUUUGGUGUCGUACACAGCGACAUCUAUGACCCUGGCCAUCUCUGCUGAUCAAACUGUGGUGGCCAUCGCCAACAUCUUCAUGACCAUCAGCUUUGUCUUCAUGAUGAUCUUCUCUGGGCUACUAGUGAACCUCCCGAGCGUCGUGGCGUGGUUAAACUGGUUGAAGUAUUUAAGUAUUCCUCGCUACGGUCUCGCUGCUCUGCAGAUUAAUGAGUUCACUGGACUGAGUUUCUGUGACUCCAGGAACACAAGCAUCGCUGGACCUGUAGAAGUCUGUUCUUCAGGUGAGGACUUCUUGCAGAAUCAGGGCAUCGAUUACUCCACAUGGGGUUUGUGGCAGAACCAUUUGGCUCUGGGAAUCAUGACCUUCAUUUUCCUGGUUAUUGCUUAUCUAAAACUGCGUUUCAUCAAGAAAUUCACAUAAAUGUGUGAUCAGACUCUUCCACACACACUCCCGCUGUUGUGAUAUCUGCUAAUAAUCCCUCCAUUUGAUAUGCAGUUAUUGUAUUUAAGGUAAACACUUUUGCAACCGGUGAAAUUCAGCUUCAGCACGUCAAUCAAAUAUGCUCCAAUCGUCCUGGGAAGAAACUAAAAUAAGUGGCAUUAUUCCCAAAGUAUUGCACAUAUUAUCCAUUAUGCUUCAUUGUCAUAACUUGUUAAAUAAUGAAUGUGUAAUGUUUGUUUUGUAAUUUUAUAUGAGACCAAAAUUUCAUAAAAACGAAUGUUU